UGUUACGUCAUGAAAAUACAUUCUUUCCGGUCAGUUUCGGUGGAUGUACACGUUUCGAUACCAGCGCGAUUCAAUUUUUGACAUUAAACUUACCAAUGAAUUUGAAGGAAAAUGUCGUCCAGUUUAACGUUAGAUUUCGAUAACCAUCAACGUUGUUUCACGAUGAACCCGGAUAUGGGCUUCUCCAUCGACCAGGGAGGCGAAUGGGACAUCAGCCUUUUUGAUGAACUUGACUCCCUGGGGGAUGCAGACGAUUUGCUCAAGGUCCUUGAGAAUGCAGACUAUACAUGCGGAGGUCCAGACCUUGACUUUGAUAUUCCCAUACCUGCAUGGACUGACAGCUACCACACAAGCACCACCUGCACAGACGGUGAGGUGAGCGUGCACUCUCUGUCACCUGCUCACACCCUGAGCUCCAUCCCUUCCCCCACAGCUGUGGAGGCGCAGUCCCCGUAUUCCUCACACGAUGAGGCCUUCUCUCCGCAGUCGCAGUCCUCGCCGUUGUCGGUGUGCUCCGAGUCCAGCGGGUUCUCCAAAAUCACUCCGCUGGCAAAGAAAGCACCAAAGAGGACGAGCCAGACAGCACGAGCCAAAACAGCGCAGCAAAACAACAGGCCCAUUCAGAUGAGCGCCAAAGUUUCCAUCCAGCCCAAACCGGUGAUUGCAGCUGUGCCCUUGGCUCACGCAGCCGCUCCCCUGCAGCCCAAGACAAUCAUCAUCCACCCCCUGCAGACCGCCAUGCUGCCUGUGGUUAAAGCAGCCCCGAUCAGCAUCCAGCCAGCGCCCUCUCCAGGCCAGCCCAUCAGGCUGUCACAACCGAGCCAGUUACUACAGAUCAAAACCCCCCAGGCUGUUCCUGGCAGCGUGGUCGCCAUGCCAGCCCUCGGCCAGGACAGACCUGUCGUCGCGCCAUCGGUGGUCACGCUUCGAACCCCUUCUUCGGAUGACGACUCAAAGUUCUCCCAGAGGCAGCAGCGCAUGAUAAAGAACCGCGAAUCGGCGUCCCUGUCGCGGAAGAAGAAGAAGGAGUAUCUGCUGUCGCUGGAAGCGCGCCUGAAAAUGGCUCUGUCUGAGAACGCGGUGCUCAAAAGCGAGAACGGCAACCUCAAGAGGCAACUGGAAGGCCUGCGGAGUGAGAAUUCCGUGCUGAAGGCAACCGCUCCCAAGAGACGAGCCGUGUGCCUCAUGGUGGUCCUGGUCUUCCUCGUGCUGAAUGUCGGACCAAUUAGUCAACUUCAGAGCAACGCGGGUUCUGGUCUGGAGGUCGUGUCCGUGCAGCACAGCAGACACCUGUUAGGUUUCUCCUCGGAAACAGACAGCAAGGCCGUGGCGGGCCCCGAGUCUGUUGGAAAUGGCAGCGGCGAGAUGGCCGACAGCGCUGAGGACAAGGCCCUGAUGGUGAUGAAGGAGCUGAACUUCCUCAAGCCGCCGCCGCCCCCCUGCCUGCCGCCUGUUAAUAGGACCAAGUGUCUUGAGCUGGCCCACGAGUUGAGGGGGUGGGUUCACCGUCACGACUUGCAGCUGACCAAAUCCAAGCGCAUGAGUAACAGCCACCUCAGACCCUCCAGGAGCAUUCUGAAAACUGAACAUAAGGAUGCCGAGAGCUCUCAAAUCGUGACUGUCGCAUACACAGAAACUGCCAAAGAAAAGACUCCUGGCAGUGAGCUCCAAGUGUACUACAGACCGCCUCACACAUACAGCGACUUUUUUGCCGAGAUGAACCGGCGAGGCGACACGUUCUACGUGGUGUCUUUCCGCAGGGAUCAUCUGCUACUUCCGGCCACCAGCCACAACAAAGGAAGUCGCCCUAAAAUGUCUGUGGUGUUGCCUGCCAUGAACCUAAACGACAGCGUCAUCGGCGACAAGGAAUUUGAGGUGAUGAUGCAGAUCGAUUGCGAAGUGACCGACACCAGGAUCCUCCACAUCCGCUCGGCCACCAUCCCGCCAGCACUGCGGGUCAACCGCACGCAAAACUUGUAUCAGCACUCCCGGGCAGAGGCACAGGCCGCACCUCCCGUCGGUGUGCUCAUGGGUUCGGCCUAGGGCCACCGUCGAUAAUGACCAUCGGGAGGAAAAAAAAC